AUGCAACAUCACCCUGUUGAUCCAAACAAUACUUUUGGCCAACCCUCUGCACCGCCGUUUUCUCAGAAUGACCCUCCAGGAACUUCACACCCAGGCAGAUCUUCGCUAGAGUCUGCCUCGAACUACGCCAACGGCCGCAAAUCUCUUGACUCGUCUACUGAAGAAGCUACAGCCCGUGAGGAGCAGCAGCGUCUUUGUGAACAAAUGCAAUCAGGUCACUCUAUCUAUUCAAUCAUUGAUUCAUCAAUGCGUCAAGCUGAAAAGAAUGAAAACAGCGAGUAUAUUGAACCACAGCGUCUUAACCGGUUUGAACGAAGGUGCGAGUUUCACCAGCAGUUUUCGCCUUGUAGAUGUAGCAUGGGCGACCGGCGACAGUGUGUGACUAAACAAGAAGAAGAAGAAAAAAAAGAACGGGAGGUGGGGGGCAAAGAAGGAAAAGAGAUGGAAAUGAAAGAGAAGAGGGAGAAUGGAAACGAAGAAAAACGGAAUGAGGAUAAUGGUUGGGAAAAUGUGACAAGUGAAAGAAAAAGUCAAGGUCAAGGUCAAGAGGUGGGAAGUGGAGCCCGGUGCAGAUGCUGUCCAGUAUGCAAAGGUCAAAAGAAGACUGAAGAGUGGAUCAUUGUUCAACGUCCUAAUGGGGAGACAAGUAAAGGAGAAAAAAGGACUGGUGAAGACGGAAACUUGGAUUUGAACCAAAGUUCAAAUAAGGAAGAAAAUAUGAAUGCUAAAGACGAGCAAGGCACUACCGGAAGUUUACAAGAGCCUGAGCAGUCGGGUUUUCAUCAAGAACGAGCGUUUGAUCCUGGUCAAGAAGCUUCAAGUAACAAUGUGGUGGAAAAAACAACUAUAACAAAUGAGCAACCCCUUCAAUACAAUCGUGAAGCUAAUAUCCAAGAAGAUGUUCAAGAAGAUGUUCAAGAGGAAGUUCAAGAGGAAGUUCAAGAGGAAGUUCAAGAAGAUAACAGAAUUGAAUAUUCAGGUGAUUUUGGUCCCGAACCUGAUCCAAGUCGAGACAAGAAAGACGAGGGGACUGGUAAUAAUAUUUUUUUUUCUAAUUUCUCUGAUGACCACACCAUGCCUUAUGAAUCAGGACCAAAACACAUGGAAAAAUAUUUUAAGUGGGCAAGAAAGUUAUGCACAAUCCCACCCCCUCCUUGCAACAUUUAUAAUCCGUCUCCGCCAUUUUCCUUAGGAGUAAACACAGUAAUUGAAUAUGGAAUUUUUCUUUUCCCUGUCAUUAACCGAGCUUUUGGUGAACGUUUUGGUGUUGAAGGAUGGACUGCACGUCUUAGUCUGUAUAGAGAAGUGGGAGGGGUUGUACCUCCACGUGAAAUAAUUGAAACAGAAACUCCGAGGUUUUUGUUGAGAAACCGUCGCAACAUUCAACUGGAAUUAAGAUGGCAUAUUAACCAAGCAAUUCUACACCAACAAAAUCGGCUUUACCCUAAAGACAAUAUUGAUGAGGCUUUGGAAAAUGGGACUUGGGCAAAUUAUAUGGACAGUGACCCAGAGGAAGAAGAAGGAGCCAGAGUUGAGAAAAGAAAACAAAUGCAAGAGCUUUUAAAUUGGCGGCGCAAACUGAAAAAAUCUCGAAAGGAAAUACUUGUCAACAUAGUCACAAGAAAAGCUUCUGAAUUCAUUUUGAAUCUUAUAUCUGAGCUCCGGUUAAACAAGGCUCUUCAAAAGCUUUCUGGGGAAAACAGAACAGUGUUUCUCGAAUGGAUUUCAUUUAUUGAAAAAUACGGACAGUCAUCUUUUGAGGAAGUUUACAGUUUAUACGUUGGUAUAAAACUUGCACUACAACCGUUAGAUAUUACUGGCAUCAACUUUCGAGAAAAAAUGAUUGAUUUGAUUUUGGAAGAAUUGGAGGAGCUUGAGACUGGCGGCCGAGGAGAGUUGUUGGAUGUUACACGGAUAUGGAGAGCCAGGAAAAUAUUGCAUGACCAACGACCAUAUUGGUUAAAAGAUGGUAUUGAUGGGACUUUUUCAAAAGGCCGAAACUUGCUCGAGAAAGAGCCACUGUUCCCACAAAAUGUUAAGCCACGCAUGCACACAAAUGGCGACCUAGAACAACAAGGCGUGGACUAUUUGUCGUUGCUUGCUGCCAGCUUUGGUCACUCACUAAUGCACUGGUCAAUCUCUGUGGCUUUGUUUAUUCAACAAUGGAGAAGAAAACAAGGCAAGCCACCAGUCUGGGAAGGUCCUCUAAGCACUCGGCCAUGGUAUGAGACUUUGGUGUAUCAAGUUUUACAAUUUGCUGUACCGAAGGCUCCUAUACUAAGGUUUCAAAACGGUACUUCAUCAAAAAGAGUGCCCAUUAAAAAGGUAACUGAUAUGUUCAAUAAGUCGGUUCGAGAAACACGAAACAGAAUUCUUCAAAAGUUGGAAAAAAGACGUACAUGGGAGCCGCCUUAUGAUAAAAGUCAAAGGGACGACGUUGUAUUUUCCAAAGACAGGGAAAAUAAUUCUUCUAUGAAAGUUUUGCCUCCAAAUCUUAGUAAUAUGUUUUCAGCAGAAUAUAUGGAUACUCAAGUCGAGUUAACUUGGAACCAGGCGCUGUUUUUUACUCGUGUGAGAGAAAGACGAAAAGAACUCUGGAAACUAGCAAUCAGAUCACACGCUAUGGAGCUUCAAAGUGUUCUUGAUCGUAGUGAUGCCUGGGGCGGCCCCCAUUUUGAUAUGGUUAUUCCCAAUGUUGUUGAAGAAACGGGCUCAGGUACUCUUGCAUCAGAUGCAUAUAAUGAUAAUAAAGAUAUGAUGCUUAAUUUCAUGGGUGGCUGUUUGAUUAAUGGGAUUUCGCAAAAUUCCCCGCUGUGGCCUUUGGCUCGAACACACGUGAUGCAGUGGCUUUACGCUGAAAGGACCCCUGGAAAGAAAAACUUGCCUAAAAAUAGUCGAGUAGCUGCCAUGUUAUCGUUUUUAAUGAAGGAUGCUCAAUUUGAACCUGGGAGAGAUGGGAAUCCGGUUGUUGUGUUUAUGGUGGGAGUUAACAAUAGCAUCAAGUCUGCUUCUAUGUCGGAUAAAAAAAGUGAGAAUAUUGAAGAGAAAAAGGAACAAGAAAAUUACGAAGACCGCAAAGAACAAGGAGAGCAAAAACAUGAAGAAAAAGAGGAACAAGGAAACGCAUUUUCAAAUACCCAAAGUUUGCCGCCUCAUUGGACUGUGGGAGCAAUUGCCAGAGUAAAAGAGCAUUACAGGAUCAAUGUGGAAGGCAUGAGUGUAAGCAAGCGCCCAAUGUUUACUGAAAGUAUGGUAGAUUGGAUAGACUCAGUGCCUUACCCUGAACGGGCCUUGAAUCUAAAAGGUACUUUUGAAGGUUUGGACUUUGAGUUGCUGAGUGUUCGGGAUUCUGAUUUGGAAAGCGAGACUGAGAGUAGUUCUAAGGGAAAAAAAGAUGGAAAUGACGACGACGACGACGAUGAUGAUGAUGAUGAUGAUAAUAAUGAUAAUGAUUUCGAGAGUAUUUUACAAGAUCCUGAAAAAGGAAAUUAA